GACUAUAGACCGUAAGCCAUUCAGACAACAAAGUGUCCCGGGAGGGGAGAGGAGUGGGGAAGAUAUUCUUCCUUUAACAAAAUAGCUACUGUAUACUUUAAGAUCUGAUGAAAGGGGACAAGCAUGAAGUAGCAUUUUAGAAGGCACUGGUUGUGUUAUCAUACAACAGUGAUAAACAGUGGUUUCAACAUGGAUUCAGAGGAGGUCAUGGUGGAAAUGAAAGAAACUGGAAAGUCGGCAGAUUCUCAACCAGGCCAAGCAGUCCCUCUUUCUGUGGUCUCAGGGUUGCGAAUAAUCCUGAUCGGAGAGCGAGAGGCAGGGAAAAGUGCUGUGGGCAACGCCAUCCUGGGCAGUGAGGUGUUUGACACGGUGGGGGUGAGAACAAGGGAGGCGGUAAAGCGGCAAAGAGAGGUGACUGAGAGGCAGGUGACGGUGGUGGACACGCCUGGUUGGGAGUGGUUCCCCUCCAGGGGCUCCUCUCUGGGGGUCCGGAGGGAGAUCGUCCGGGGCGUGUCGCUGUGCCAGCCUGGCCCCCACGCCGUGCUCCUGGUGGUGCCCCUCUCCUUCUCCUUUACCAAACGGGAGCGGCAGGUGGCCGAGGAGCACGUGGAGCUGUUGGGGGAGCGGGCUUGGGGGCAUACCGUGGUGCUGUUCACGGUGAAGGGUGGGCGGCUGAAGGAUGCCACGUUAGAGGAGGAGGUGGAGGAGAGCGAGGAGCUCCAGGGCCUGGUGGAGCGAUGUGGGGGCCGCUAUCAUGCCCUGUAUGGCAGGUCCAGGAAGGGCCACGAUGCCGUGGCGGAGCUACUGGAGAAGCUGGACAACAUGGUGGCCAAGAACAGAGGGGAGUUGCUCUCCAGCGAGGAGGUACUGGAGGAGGCCAGGGAGAAGGAGGAGGAGGAGGAGAGGAGGCACCAGGAGGAGGACAGGGAGAGAGAGGAGGAUCUGAGGAGGGCCAAGGAGGCUUUGAGAGAGCUGGAGAUGGAGGAGGAAAAAGAGGAUGUGCAAGGGGAGGGAGGGAAGGCCACAGAGGAGUCCACGAGACAGCAGAGAGGGAGGAGGAGGUACACAGAUGAAAAAUUAGACACAGGUGUGGAAAGCAGCUCAGCCGAUCCUACAUCAGCCCCACCACACCUCACCUGGUCUGACCUCAGGGCCAUUAGAGAUCAGAGAUGUAAGACACAAUAAAAUAGGGGAGAAGACACAGAAAGACGAAGAACUUCCUGACUUCCUGAUGGUCUAUAACAUUAUACUGACUACAGUCCAGGUGAAUCCAGGUGAAAGCUAUAUUCCCUUAUUGAUGUCACUUGUUAAAUCAACUUCAGUCAGUGUGUAUGAAGGGGAGGAGGUUAAAUAAUGAUUUUUAAGCCUUGGACUGUGUAUGUGUAUCAUUCAGAUGAUGAAUGGGCAAGACAAAAUAUUGAAGUGCCUUUGAACGAGUUAUGGGAGUAGGUGCCAGGCACACUGGUUCAUGACAAGGACUGAAACUCUUCUGUGUUUUUUGUGCUCAGCAGUUUCCUGUUUGUAUCAAGAAUGGUCCACCAACCAAGGAAGGGGGGUCCUAAUGUUUGGUAUACUCAGUGUAAUUGUCCAUGGACAAAUAUCAUCAGUUUUGAGAGUCUUAAGGUAUCUCUGAACUGGACUGAAAUGUGUCAUCACAUGUUUGUUAACUAUUUGAUAUAGCUCAUCUUCAUGCAUACAACACUGUGUGAAGGUUUUCCCAUCAAUCUGCAUGUUUAAAUCAAAUCAAAUUUUAUUGGUCACAUACACGUGUUUGGCAGAUGUUAUUGCAGGUGUAGCAAAAUGCUUGUGCUUCUAGUUCUGACAGUGCAACAAUAUCUAACAUGUAAUAUCAAUAUAACAAUUUCACAACAAAUACCUAAUACACAUACAUCUAAGAACAAUGAAUGGAAUUAAGAAUAUAUAAAUAUAUGGACGAGCAAUGUCAGAGCGGUAUAGAUUAAGAUACAGUAGAUAGUAUAGAAUACAGUAUAUACAUAUGAGAUGAGUAAUGCAAGACAUGUAAACAUUAUUAAAGUGACAUUAUUAAAAGUGA